CUGCCAGUGAAUCAGUCUGCUGGCGGAGACGGACCAGCGACCGUGGCAGAAGACAGAAGCAAGGCAGUCAAAGCAGAGCAAGGCUGAACCCUCUGGAGCAGUCCUUCCCUGACAAACAGUCCUCAGGAGCUGCUGUGACCCCAUCACUGUAGAGGCUUGUGUCUCAGUGCUGGACUUGGCAGAUAUUUAAUACAUCAAAAGUCACUUACAGGAUGGACAGAGGCCCCAAGAUGUGGUGCCUCCUCGUGCUGCUCUGCUCCCAAGGAAUUGCCUUUUCAGCAGGAUUCACGGCAGCCCCCACUGCAGGUGCUGACACAAACCGCUGCAAGAAGAGUCGCAACCCCGAAUGCUUCAUGAAUGUUAGUGAAAUUAUCAGAUAUCAUGGAUUUCCCAGUGAGGAAUAUGAAGUUACAACAGAGGAUGGAUACAUUCUUGCUCUUUACAGAAUUCCUGCUGGGAGGAAUGACCGAAGUUCAGGGCAAAGGCCUGCAGUGUUCCUGCAGCAUGCUUUCCUAGGAGAUGCUACUCACUGGAUUUCCAACCUGCCCAACAACAGCUUGGGCUUUGUGCUCGCAGAUGCCGGCUAUGACGUCUGGUUGGGAAACAGCAGAGGGAACACCUGGUCUUUAAAACACAAGACCCUUAAGCCUUGCCAGAAGGAGUUCUGGCAGUUCAGCUUCGAUGAAAUGGGUAAAUACGAUAUUCCUGCAGAGCUGAACUUCAUCAUGAAUAAAACUGGACAGAAGGAUGUUUACUAUGUUGGUCACUCUGAAGGGUCAACUGUAGGCUUCAUAGCAUUUUAUACAUACCCUGAGCUGGCUAAACGGGUGAAAAUCUUCUUUGCUCUGGGCCCAGUAACUGUGUGUUCACAUGCCACAAGCCCUCUGGUUAAGAUUACAAAUCUUCCUGAACCACUGCUCAGGUUAGCACUUGGCUGCAAAGGAGCUAUGCACCAGAUCGAAUUUCUGAAAGGACCCGUGACACAGCUCUGUACAAGCCUGGAUAAGUUUUGUGCCCAUGUUCUCUGUUACAUAGCUGGAGGCAGUAUAAAAAAUAUCAACACAAGUCGAAUAGAUACGUAUGUAGGACAUUCCCCAGCUGGAACAUCGGUACAGAACAUUCUUCAUUGGCGACAGCUAGUACAUACAGACCAGUUUCAAGCUUAUGACUAUGGCUCUAAGGAAAACAUGAAGAAAUACAACCAGACUGCUCCUCCUGUGUACAAGAUUGAGGACAUAAAGACACCAACUGCUGUUUGGAGUGGUGGACAGGACACAUUUGCAGAUCCAAAAGACAUGGCAAGGCUACUUCCUCGGAUUACUAAUCUCAUUUACCAUGAGCAUUUUCCUCCUUGGGGACAUCUUGAUUUCAUCUGGGGCCUUGAUGCAACAGAGAAAAUUUAUCUGAAAAUCAUUGAAUUAAUAAGAAAAUAUUAAUGAAACCAUGAGAAGAGUGUGGAUUGUAAAAACCUCCAAAACUUCUAUUUGGCAAUAAGGGUAUCAGGGGAAGAGGUAAACAUACAGGCACACAUAAUGGAUACAUCUAUAGGUAUUUAUUUGUUCUUAUUUAUUUAUUACUUUCCUCAUAAUUUGAGCUUUUCCAUGGUAUUACUGUGACUGCUGUCUUUCUGAGACGUCUGAAGUAUUUAAGAAUGAAAGCUGAAAACAUGAAUAUAUUUGAGUACAUACUGCAGUGAUCACUGAAUUUCAACAGUCUUUAUUUUUACAAGACUAAUUUUCCUACACCUGAAUUCAUGGUUGUUCUCAGAUAGAUCUUACCCAACUGAGGCAUUCUCAUACCCAAUUUUUGUCUUCCUAUGGAGAUCCAAAAUUGUGAUUUGAUCAUUUCUCUGUUGAAAUGAACAAUUUUGUUUAAAUUAAAUUAUUGCAACCCUUGACAGAGAAGCAGUCUUCUAUUUUCCCUCUUCAAAUAACCCUUUAAUGUCAACAGAACCAAGAGAUCUUCAAACACAAGAAACUGAGCAGAUAAUAGAUGACUACAAAUCAUCAAGGAAUCCAACCUCAAAAAAAAAUCAGAGAAGUAUUCCUUUGUCCUCCAUGCCUAAAAAUCACCCAAAUGUUUGUUCACACACCCUGAACCCCUCACAGUUUCAAAGACCACAGAUGGCAGCUGUGGAAUAAGGAGAUGCAGACCCAUCCAGGAAGGUGCACCACAGGCAAUACAGCUUCCACCCUAUGAAUUAUCCUUCACACUGGCAAUGAAGCUGUUGCAAGCACUCUGAGCUGUCAGCAUUCACUUUUACACAGCUCUGUGUCUGAGCCAUUCUUCAUUCAAGCAGUUCCUAAAACAUGGGAAAGCAGUUGGAUGUUUUCCCUUUCCAGCCCUUUGCCAUAAGAGAUGUUGUCCCCAUAAUCCACAGCAAGUGCCU